GUACGCAUGGCAACCUGGAAUAAAGCAACAGUGUCUCAGUAGAGGUGGAGGUGACUGGUUGUCUAUAUUACCUCUUGUAUCGCCCACAUCUCGAAGGAAAGAAAACUUUGAACCUUUAGCACCCACGUCUUUUAACAACACGUUUGAUUUUUAGCAUAUCUGAUGACCCUCAAGAUGGAAGGAAGGUGUAUCAUAGCCGUAGCCUGUUUAGCCAUGUUUGUAUCUCAUGGCCUCGCCGCGUCAGUCGGGUCUGGAAAGGGAUCACCUCCACUUGGUGAAAGAGUUUCACAGGAGGAAUGCUUGAAACAACGAGUACAAACUAACUUCGGCAAUGAGUCUGGACCGAGCACAACGCGAAAUAGAUCUGCCAAUCAAGAUGAUAAAGCCCUCGCCGACCUUUUCGCUGGCCAGAUGCAGUUUAGUUUGGAUAUUUUCAAGAAGAUUUUCAACGCCAGCCAAUCGGGAUCUCCAUCAAACAAGGGCACCAGUGAAAACAUUUUCUUUUCACCAACAAGUAUUUACUCUGCAUUGCUCUUGGCCUAUUUUGGCGCCAACAAUCGCACAGAACAGCAGCUGGCCAACGUUUUAGGAUUUCAAACCACAGACAAGGUUGGAGCCGUGCAAGCUUAUAAGCUGGUCAAGUUUACUCGUCAGCUGAUGCGCGUCGCCGGUCUGGUCAAGUACGACUUCGAUAUUGCCAAUCGCUUGUAUUUUAAUGAAGAUGAAAACGUUCGCCAAUGCAUGAAAGACAUUUUCAACGAAGAUAUCGAAAUGGUAAAUUUUGCUUUCCAACCAGCAGACGCUAGAUUGCGCAUUAAUCGAUGGGUUGAAGACAUUACUCGUGGCAAAAUCCAAGAUCUCGUUACAUCUGACACCAUCAACUCAAACACUAGAGUAGCUCUGGUCAAUGCGGCGUAUUUUAAGGGACUGUGGGGUUCUCAAUUUAAAGUAGCAAAUACUCGGCUUACGUCGUUCGCUAUUAACCAAAAAGAAGAGGGUGUGGCCAACAUGAUGUUCCAAAAAGGACGCUUCCGUCAUGCUGCCGUCGAAGAGUUGCAAGCCAAUUUGCUGGAAAUGCCUUUCCUAGGUGAUGACGUCAGCUUCUUUGCAUUGCUACCUGAAGGUAACAAUGGACUGGAGGAGACCAUAAGUCGGUUAACAUUGGACACUUUGCGCAACGCCAUGUCCAACACUUUCCCGGUUACCGUAGAAGUGGGUAUUCCCAAAUUUCGAAUGGAACAAACCCUCAGUCUUCGUAAUGUUUUGGUCAAGAUGGGCUUAACCGACAUGUUCGACUCAAUGGAGGCUGAUUUAUCCGGCUUUAAUGGUGUUCGUGGUCUCAAAUUCGAUGCCGCCACACACAAGGCAUUUAUCGAAGUUAAUGAAGAAGGUUCAGAAGCAGCUGCGGCUACUGCUUUGGUAUCUUUCCGUAUGGCCCGGCCCUUGAAUGGAGUGAAAUUCAUUUGCGACCACCCGUUCUUGUACUUCAUUUACGACAAUCUCUCAGAAAGUAUUCUUUUCAUGGGAGUUUACAGAAAUCCAAAAUAGAUUAAGAGCGCCCCUAGGCGUAAUCCAAAUUAUACCCUCUUAUUUAUUGCUGCUGCACACUGGUGGGUAGUUGCAUUUAAAACUAUUUUUCCUUAACGUUUCCACUUUCUUGUCAAAUCAUUGUGUAAUAUGUUGCGCGGAUAUUAAGUAAUGCCACUCGUUUAACCAUUACUGUAAUAUUAAUGAAAAAGUCGACGUGACGAUAAUACAGACAAAAGCACAACAUGA